UAAACAAUGGUGGACUAUUAUUUUGUAUAACGCAUUGAAGUGAACAAAGUUGUUACACAUUUCUAUUUAUAUUAUUAUUUAAAUACAUGCACUAAUUAUGCUUCAAUAUCUAUUUUCUUUCGUAUAAUAAAUAUUUCAACUUUUACAUGCAAAAAUCGAUUAUUUUAGUAGAAUAUGAAAAACCAAAUAAUAAUUCAACUAAAUUUCCUUCUCAACUAGAGAACAUGAAACAUAAAACAGAAUGUAUUUAUUCUUCAUUUAACAAAGAUAACAAUUCUUCCUUUAGUGAAAAGAUAGAAGUAACAGACAAUAGUCUUCAAUCUUCUAUAACAAUACAACAAAGAGAUAACAUAGAAAAUAAAGAAAUUAUUCAUAUACCAAAACGUCAUCAAAGUUAUUUAUAUAAUCCUAUAAUAAAUGUAGAUAAAAUGAAUUAUCUUGAACGGAAAGCAUAUUGUACAAAUCAAGCAUCAUCAUUUGUUGAUAAUAGCAUCAUCACAUCCUCCCUUUUAUCUACUAAAACAAUGGCUUCUUUACCAAACGCAUCGUCUACUGUCUCUCAUCAUCAAAAAAAUGAUAACUCCCAACUCCAACAGCCUGUCCUUCUUCCUAAUAAAAAUAUAACAAUACCAACCAGAAGAACAAGUAAAAACUAUAGCAAAGAUCCUGAGAUCCAAGCAAAAUUAAACGCUCUUAUACUCAAUAAUACGAGUAGGAAAAGGGAUCUUGUAAUAAGAAUGGAUGGCUGUUUGAAAAAAGAAGAAGAAGGAGGAAGUGAUAGUUAUAUUUUAUAAUAAUUUAUUACAGAAAUAAAGUACAAUCUGAUGAUGAUAGUCCUUGAGCUUAUUAACAACGUUUAACAAUCAUCAUUCAUGUUGUGGCGUAAAAUGUGACUUUUAA